AUCUGCCAGAUGACUUAUUUCAUAAGGUCGGUGCCUGAGGACUCAGACGCGCUGCGGAUCUGUGUACGCCGCUCACUGACUUCACCUCUGCUGCAGUGAUGGCAACAUUUCAGCAGGAAACCCCAGAUCCACACAAUCUGGCAGAUGAACUGAUAUUUUUUGUGAAUGGCAAAAAGGUUAUUGAGAAAAAUGCUGAUCCUAAGAUGACUUUAUUAACUUACCUUCGAAGGAAAUUGCGGUUAACUGGGACCAAGCUGGGCUGUGGUGAGGGCGGCUGCGGAGCGUGCACCGUGAUGAUCUCCAGAUAUUGCACAUUCCAGCAGAAGAUCCUACAUUAUGCGGUGAACGCCUGCCUCGCUCCCGUCUGCUCGCUGCACUCUGCGUCUGUCACCACGGUGGAAGGGAUCGGCAGCACGAAAACGCGGCUGCACCCCAUCCAGGAAAGAAUCGCGAAGAGUCACGGCUCACAGUGCGGCUUCUGCACGCCCGGCAUCGUCAUGUCUCUGUAUGCAUUACUGCGCAAUACCCCGCAGCCCAGCAUGGAGGAGAUCGAAGACGCCUUCCAAGGGAAUCUGUGCCGCUGUACAGGGUAUCGACCUAUUCUGCAGGGCUUCAGGACGUUCGCCAAAGAUGGAUGCUGCGGCAGAAAGACAGAGAAAGGCUGCUGUAUGGAGGUGACGGAGGAAAACCAGGCACCAACAUCUUCAGCUUUGUUUGACCCGUCAGACUUCAGACCCUUGGAUCAAACACAAGAACCGAUCUUUCCUCCAGAGUUGCUGCUGGGCAGGGACGCGCCUCGAAGGCAGCUGGUGUUUAAAGGGGAAGAUGUCACCUGGUAUCAGCCAUCCUACCUCAGUGACCUAUUAAACCUGAAGGCUCAGUAUCCCAAUGCUAAACUGGUGGUGGGAAACACGGAAGUGGGAAUUGAGAUAAAAUUUAAGAACAUGUUGUAUCCGGUGAUUAUUGCCCCGAGCUCGGUUGCAGAAUUAAAUGCUGUUGCGCACACUGGAGAAGGGAUUCGGUUUGGAGCGGCGUGCAGUUUGACCACACUUGGUGACGUUCUCCAGAAAGCGGUGUCUGACCUUCCUCUAUACAAGACUGAAGUGUUCCGGGCCGUUCUAGAGCAGCUGAGGUGGUUUGCAGGACAACAGAUCCGUAAUGUGGCUGCCAUUGGUGGGAAUAUCAUGACGGCCAGUCCGAUAUCUGACCUGAACCCGGUCUUCAUGGCGAGUGGCAGCAAACUGCACAUCAUCUCUCACGAGAAUAAAAGGACGGUCCUGAUGGAUGAGAAUUUCUUCACUGGAUACAGGAAAACCAUCCUAAAGCCGCAUGAAAUUCUCCUCUCUGUUGAGAUUCCUUACUCCGAAAAGCAAGAAUAUUUAUCCGCCUACAAACAAGCGUCGCGGCGGGAGGAUGACAUCGCCAUCGUCACCAGUGGGAUGAAAGUCGUUUUCCAGCCUGACAGUCAUCAGGUAGAGAAGAUCCAGCUCAGCUAUGGAGGCAUGGCCCCCAUCACCGUCAUGGCCAAAGACACCUGCACAGCUCUAACUGGGAGGGAAUGGAAUGACCACUUACUACAGGACGCCUGCCGGCUGCUGGCCAAGGAGAUGUCACUGUCCCCGGGCGCUCCUGGAGGAAUGGUUGAAUUUCGUCAGACCCUGACUCUCAGCUUCUUCUUUAAAUUUUAUCUCACUGUUCUAAAGAAACUGGAAAUGGAUUUAAGUGGAAAUAAUAAUUUCCAUGAGUCAGUCCUUCCGGAAUAUGAGAGCGCCACUGAGCUGUUUCACAAGCCUCCUACAUCCAGUGUACAGCUCUUUCAGGAGGUUCCUGCCGGCCAGGACCCGGAAGACUUUGUCGGUCGCCCCAUCAUGCACUUGGCAGCCAUGAAGCAGGCCACAGGAGAAGCCGUGUACUGUGACGAUAUCCCCCAUUAUGAAAACGAGCUUUAUCUAGCGUUAAUAACCAGCACCAAGGCUCACGCUAAAAUAAUAUCCAUUGAUAGAUCCAAGGCUGAUGCCGCUCCUGGAUUUGUCUGUUUCCUUUCUGCUAAAGAUGUUCCAGGAAGCAACAUCAUCGGGAUCAGAAAUGAUGAGCAGAUAUUUGCGGAAGAUACAGUGACUUGUGUCGGACACAUUAUUGGUGCCGUUGUUGCAGAUACACAAGAACACGCACAACAUGCAGCGAAGGCCGUGAAGAUCACGUAUGAGGAGCUGGAGCCCAUUAUAACAAUACAGGACGCGAUUGACAAAGAGUCCUUUUUCCCGCCCAUCAAGAAGAUUGCAAACGGGGACAUAGAGAAAGGUUUCCAGGAGGCCGAUCACACUUUGGAAGGGGAGAUCUACAUUGGCGGUCAAGAACAUUUCUAUUUGGAGACCAAUUGCUGCAUCGCGGUGCCAAAGGGUGAGGAUGGAGAGAUGGAGCUGUUUGCUUCCACGCAGAAUACGACAGAGAAUCAGCACAUUGCUGCACAUGCUCUGGGGGUCCCUGCUAAUCGAAUCGUGGUCCGCGUGAAGAGAUUGGGGGGAGGCUUUGGCGGAAAAGAAUCCAGAACCGUCCUCUUGUCUACAGCCGUGGCAGUGGCAGCGUACAGGACGGGUCGCCCUGUGAGAUGCAUGCUGGACAGAGAUGAGGACAUGCUGAUAACUGGCGGCAGACAUCCCUAUUUGGGGCGUUAUAAGGUUGGCUUUAAGAAAACAGGACAGAUAACUGCACUAGAAGUUACAUAUUAUGCAAAUGCUGGAAACUCAUAUGACCUGUCACAUGCGAUAAUUGACAGAAGUUUAUUCCACAUGGACAAUGCUUACAGAAUCCCCAACAUCAGAGGCACAGGAUACGUGUGUAAGACCAACCUACCCUCUAACACAGCUUUCCGAGGCUUUGGUGGCCCACAAGGAAUGAUGGUGGCGGAAGCCUGGAUGAGCGACGUAGCGGAGGCGUGCGGACUGCCGCCAGAACAUGUCCGGAAGCUGAACAUGUACCGGGAGGGAGACCUCACGCAUUUCAGUCAGAAGCUGGAAUCCUUCAAUGUCCACCGCUGCUGGGACGAAUGUCUGAAGAACUCUGCAUACCACGAAAGGAGGACCGCCAUUGCAAAGUUUAACAAGCAGCAUCGCUGGAAGAAGAGGGGCAUCUCAAUCAUCCCGACUAAGUUUGGGAUCAGCUUCACACUGAUGUUCCUCAAUCAGGCUGGUGCCCUGGUCCACGUGUACACUGACGGGUCGGUCCUACUGACUCAUGGGGGAACAGAAAUGGGUCAAGGGCUUCAUACAAAGAUGGUACAGGUCGCCAGUAAAGCUUUAGGAAUACCAACCUCAAAAAUCCAUAUCAGUGAAACCAGCACCAACACCGUUCCCAAUGCGUCUGCGACGGCUGCCUCAGCCAGUUCGGACCUCAAUGGAAUGGCCAUAUAUAAUGCAUGUCAGACGUUACUGCAGAGGUUGGAGCCGUACAAAAAAUCAAACCCCACCGGGACAUGGGAAAGCUGGAUCAGAUCUGCUUACGAGGACAGAGUCAGCCUCUCAGCCACCGGGUUCUACAGGACUGAAGGCAUCGGUUAUGACCUGCAGACCUAUCAUGGGAACCCCAGCCACUACUUCAGCUACGGGGUGGCUUGUUCUGAAGUUGAAAUUGACUGUUUAACUGGUGAUCACAAGAACCUGCGUACAGAUAUCGUAAUGGAUGUUGGUAGAAGCCUUAACCCGGCAAUAGAUAUAGGGCAGGUUGAAGGUGCAUUUGUGCAAGGAAUGGGCCUUUUCACAUUAGAAGAGUUAAAGUAUUCCCCCGAUGGUAACUUGUACACACGAGGCCCCGGGAUGUACAAGAUCCCAGCGUUUGGCGACAUCCCAGCGGAAUUCAAUGUGUCCCUUCUUCGGGACUGUCCAAACAGCAAAGCCAUCUAUUCUUCCAAGGCUGUUGGCGAGCCUCCGCUCUUCCUGUCGGCCUCCAUAUUUUACGCCAUUAAAGAUGCCAUCAAGUCGGCCAGAGCGGAGUCCGGCAUCACCGGGAUAUUCAGACUGGACAGUCCAGCCACACCGGAGAGGAUCCGUAACGCUUGUGCGGAUCAGCUCACCAAACUGUGUCCGGUUCCUGAACCCGGAACGUUUAAGCCGUGGUCUGUAAGAGUCUAGAACUGUAAUAUCCGGAUUCCCAGGAACAUCUACACGAAGACAGAGCGAAUGCAGGAGCUGCUGUCAGAUACUCUUCAAGAAUUCAAUCAGGAUCUCGAAAGGAGACAAAAUUACAAAAUGGCACUACGAAUAUAUUUAUAUGUAGCUGAACAAU